AGGCACCUGUUUCAUAAGAGCAGCAUUCGGUGAGAGUUGUACAAGAAUUAGUUACAAUGUCGCUGGCUGGUGCCCCCUUGCGUCUUUUGAACAAGGCAAGAUGGAGUAUUUGUGCCGGUGGAUUGAGGGCGCAGAGCACUGUGGCACAGCAGAAAGAUCUCAAGGCACAGAAUGAGAAAAAAAGUGCAAAAUCCAGGGUGCAGUUUGAUUGGAGGGACGCCCUUUGUCUCAAUUCCCAGCUGACGGAAGAUGAGAUCAUGAUCCGGGACAGCUUCCAUGCCUACUGCCAGGAGAAACUGAUGCCACGAAUACUCCAAGCCAAUCGCCAGGAAGUAUUCAACCGGGAGAUUAUGUCAGAGAUGGGACAGCUUGGAGUCCUAGGUUCUACGAUUAAAGGUUACGGUUGUGCUGGUACAUCCUACGUUGCAUAUGGUUUGUUGGCGCGAGAGGUGGAGCGUGUGGACAGCAGUUAUCGAUCUGUAAUGAGCGUCCAGUCCUCCCUUGUCAUGCAUCCUAUCAAUGCCUAUGGGACGGAGGAACAGAAACAAAAAUACCUGCCCAGACUAGCGCGGGGAGAGCUAUUGGGCUGCUUUGGGCUUACAGAACCAAACCACGGCAGUGACCCGGCUGGAAUGGAAACCAGGGCUAGAUACAACCCAAGCAGCAAAACGUACACACUCAAUGGGUCCAAAACAUGGAUUACCAACUCCCCCAUUGCUGACCUGUGUGUGGUUUGGGCUACGUGUGAAGAUGGUAAAAUCCGGGGAUUCCUGAUAGAAAGAGGCACAAAGGGGUUAUCCACCCCUAAAAUAGAGGGCAAGUUUUCUCUGCGAGCAUCUGCGACAGGCAUGAUUCUGAUGGAGGAUGUGGAGAUACCUGAGGAAAACCUACUUCCCCAUGUAUCUGGGCUAUCAGGUCCAUUUGGCUGUUUGAAUAAUGCUCGUUAUGGAAUUUCUUGGGGGGCACUGGGUGCCGCUGAGUUUUGUUUUCAUACGGCGAGACAAUACACUUUGGACAGGAUCCAGUUUGGCGUGCCCCUUGCCCGGAACCAGCUGAUCCAGAAGAAAUUAGCAGAUAUGCUGACAGAAAUUACCAUUGGCCUACAAGCAUGUCUGCAACUGGGCCGACUCAAAGACCAGGACAAAGCCACUCCAGAGAUGAUCUCUAUAUUGAAGAGGAAUUCAUGUGGAAAGGCUCUGGAUAUUAGCCGACAGGCAAGGGACAUGCUUGGAGGCAAUGGGAUUUCUGAUGAAUACCAUAUCAUCAGACAUGUAAUGAACCUGGAGGCUGUCAACACAUAUGAAGGUACCCAUGACGUCCAUGCCUUAAUUAUUGGAAGAGCCAUCACAGGACUGCAGUCGUUUACGGUUGGAAAAUAAAUAUUGGCUUCCUCCCCUGUUCACGGAUAUAUCAUGAUUUUAAAGGAAACACUAUUAAAAUGGCAGUUUGUCUUACAUGAGAGUUGCUAUAAUAUCUCUUUGUCUGUAUACAAGCUUUCCAAAACAUUGAAAGAUACGCCUGUUUCAAACAGCUGUACAUUCUAAACUAAAUUAUUCUCCGUUCCGUGUCAGAAUUCAGCAAUGCGGGGAAGCAGUUUUACAUUUCACUUCUUGAGUGGAAGCACAUGUAAGAAAAGUGCAGUAUAAAAAUUGUUCCCCCCCCUAGCAUUUUGAAGCACAGAAAAUAAAAUAUGUAAAGUUCAUUUAAUCGACGGAAACAGUUAAACAUACAGUAAUAAAUGUAAGUAGGCAAUUUUGAAUUUACGGUAAAACCAUUUAUUUUUGUUAAAACACGAUUUAAUAGUUAAUGCAUAUCAUACUGUAAAAUGAAAAAUAAAUUGUGAAAGAUU